ACUUCAAAAUGCCCAGUGUUAGAUUCGGGACCACGAUGUUCCAGAAUCGUGUCCUCCACCUCCACUUCGCUACUAUAUUUGCCGAUGCUAUUGCCGUAUAUUUAGAUUCAAUUACUGAGGCUCUGCCGAAGGUGGCAAUUUGUCACUAUGCGCACAGAUACUUGGCAAACUUCUAGAACAGUUCAUGAUUUAUUGUUGAACGACUCAUUGCUACCAUUUGGGUGAGAAUUGUGAUCGAAAGUGUUGAAAAAAAAUCAUGGCGAACUAUCCCGGGAUGCUGUACGUGACCAUGCAGCCCAAACCAGGGCUGCAGAUAGAACAGUUUCAUGAAUGGUACAAUAAUGAACAUGGUCCAACAAGACUUCGGUUACCUCAGAUCUUUUCGAACGGGCUUCGGUAUCGCGCAAUAGACGGAAAGGAGCCGGAAUUCCUCGCUGUCUAUGACGUGACGUCUAUGCCUCUCUUGAACACUGACACCUACUUAUCCCUACGAGCAAACCGGUCACCUCACGAAGCCCAAACCAUUGGUCAGGUAGAUGUCAAAAGAUAUUUUUGGGAUCUAGUAACCGCCAAGCAGUCUCCGCUCUUUAUUCCAAUUGAACAGCUCACAGAUGACGAGGCCGAAGGUGUAGUCUUACUUACGGUGGAACUCCAACUCAAUGACACGGCAGAUGCAGUGGCCGAGACUCUCAGAUGGGGUGAGAAACAAACCGAUAUGUUGUCUAGGGUAUCGGGCUGGUUGCGAUCACGGAUCCUCUUGACAUCCAGUGUGGAAACCAACUCAACGGCACGUCUCAUCGCACUGCAUGACUUUGCGAAGGAGAACGAACUCGGAGAUGUAGCGGAUGAUGCUGCGGCUCGUACUCCUGGAUGGGAUGAAAUUCAAGCGAAGCAUGCUACGCUCACUUCACAGCGGUUGUACUCCCUCUUUUAUGUUUUCGGACCAGCACCGCGCGACUUACAUAACCUAUCUCGACUCGAACCAUCGAACCGUGCACUGAAGCCAGAAGACCCCACGGACGCCACCCCCGCGGUUAGCUCCUCUAUUACAGCACCUGAUGGCCUAGUGAUCCCCUACAGGCUCGAGGGUAAUCCAGACCCUAAGGCCCCUACCAUCGCCUUCUGUAACUCGCUAUUAACAUCACUACACAUGUGGGAUCCCUUCGUCGAAAUUCUAAAGACGCAGAGGCCACAGUACCGCAUUCUACGCUAUGACUUUCGGGGGCGUCAUGCAAUCCCCCACCCUCCUACACCGGCCACUCUAGAUAUCCUAGCGGACGACCUAAGUGCCCUGUUAACAGCGCUACGCACCCCCAAACUUGAUACGCUAAUCGGUGUAUCUAUGGGCGGCGCCACAACUCUACGGUUCGCUCUUAAGUACCCGGAGAAGCUGAAUAAGUUCAUCGCAUGCGAUUUCAAUGCUGCUUCCAGCGCUGCGAAUACGGGUGCUUGGAAAGAACGUAUUACUGUCGCUGAGACGCCUCUUGAUGAUGGUAAACCUGGUAUCGUGAAUCUAGCAGGUCAAACUGUAAAUCGAUGGUUCCAUCCCUCAACGUCGCCUGAGAGGCGUGCUUGGAUGGAAAGCAUGGUGUCCACUAACGAUAUUGAGGGGUUUCGAUACGGAUGCCAGGCGCUGUGGGAUUACGAUAUGAAGGGCGAGAUGAAGGGGUGUCGGGUCCCCGCGUUACUCGUUGUGGGUGAGGGUGAUGGAAAAGGUGCUUUGGUUAAGGCUAUGAACGGGUUUAAGGACUCGCUAGGGGAGAGUGGCGCGAAGUUGGCCGUUGUCCCGCUCGCAGGCCAUUUGCCUAUGUGUGAAAACCCACAGGGGUUCUGGGAGGCGGUAGAGGAGGUUCUAUGAUGGUUGAGUCGAGGUUUCUGGGGGAAUCUAUGAGUGCAUUAGGGCAUAGCUAGAGAUCUACAUCAGCUGUGCUGUUACCUGAAAACCUACCUAAGUGAAGAUGAUUCAAGUUCUCGUAGUGGAUAGAUUGCGUACCUCGAUAGGUCGCUA